AUGCCCCUCUCCUUCCUCCUCAUCGGCAUCGCCAUGAAAGAGCUGGCCAGCAUGGUCGGACCCGAAAAGGCCGCAGGCAUGGCCGGGAUGAUCCAGACGGCGAUCGCCAAGGAUGAAGCGCGCUUCGUGGCCGCUGGGCUGAAGUAUGAAUUAAUGUCCGUGGAGGCGGGGGCGGGGAUGGAGCCGCUCGAGGCCAAGUUGAAGGAGAACAAGUUUGACGGAGUCUGCAUUGGCUUCGGUCUACGAAGCACUCCCGCCUUCACCCCGCUGUUUGAGCGGCUCGUCAAUACCGUCCACACUGCGUCGCCCUCUUCCAAGCUCCUCUUCAACGUCGCACCCGACAACUCGCUCGACGCAGCCAAGCGCUGGUUCCCCGAGAUCGAGAACGAGGCGGGGGCGGAGGCGUGA